AUAAAAAAUGGCGGCCGAAUUUAGUGUGGAAGCAGCGAUUGAUGCCGUUUUUGAGGACGAAAAAUGUGACGAUGGUGCUGAAAUGUUGAAAACUAAUAAAGCUGUAGCAGAAAAUUGUGAAUUCAAUCAACCAAGCAUUUCUCGUUUAUUGUUCGGAUGCAAAAUAGACGCAGGGUCCGUUUUCAGGAGGGAAUCAUUCAUAUGGCUCGAAGGAAUUUACAGAAGGAUGGCUGCAAGACGAAGCAUUAGACGGCCAUACUAUUCCGAGAUUAAAAGGGAUAUUCCACAAGAACUUUUUCUUGUACUAGUGCAAUCAAUUGAACGUCACAAAAGCCAGAUAUUUAACCCUCCAAACUGUUAUGUCGCCCGAAAUAAAAAAGCUAUUGUUGUCUCUUUCACCUCAAUUGUAUCGGUGAAAAACUUUUUGAGUUCGCUUAGUUCAAAAGAUGUUACUGGUUAUAUGAAAAGGACCUUGGCUGGUUAUCGUAAAGGUCACCGUGUUAAUGUCUUGGUAACGGACACAAAAGAUUUUGCUUUAACUUAUUAUAUUCGCAAGGGGCAGCUGAUAAUUUCAUUUAACUUUGGUGAGUGGAAUGCCUACGGAUUUCCCCAACAUGACUGUAACAGAUAGUAAACACUGCACAUUUCAAUUUGCUAAACUUUAUUGAAUAGUUGCAAUGGUUUGAAACAUGUCUCAUUUUGAGAUAAACUCUCCUAUAGUAAAACAUUUGCAAAAAUGUAAUUAUGUUAAUAUGUUAUGCUCCAGGCUAGGCAUAUUUGGCAUAAUAGAAUCUGUUAAAUGUCAAUUUUACUACCCUAGAAGUAUUUUUUGUUCUCACAUGUCACAGACGGUCUGCGAUUGUUGAUGGUGCUCUCAAAGGCCAUGGUCGUUUGAUCAUUGAUGGGGAAUGAUUUUCAGUGAAAGAUUUACAAGAGACAAAGGAUUUUAUUCAUCAAUGAUCAACGACAAUUAAUGACACUGGUGAAGCAUUGCCGGACCAUUGGCUACAUAUUAUGUCAUAGGUCUCUUGGAAAAGUAGCUUGCUGUGUUGCAUCAUUAUGUAUAUUAUUUCCCAAGGUUGGCAAGAAAAAUAUAUGCGGGAUGACAGCUGCUGCUCGCCCGACAUCACAAAAUAAAGCUAAAGGCUGACUGAAAUCUUGGCCAAUCAGAGAGCCUUAUUUUGUGUCGUCAGGUGAGCAGUUGUCAUCCCACACAGUUGGGAAAAAUUUAAUUUUAGUGAGUAAAAAAUGUGAUGAAUUUUCACAAAAAUUUUAUUCACUCAUUUUAAUGUGGUGAAAGAAAAAAAUGUAAUGCAGGAUCUCUAUCUACAAGUUUUUCAUCAUUUAGUUUUUGUAUAGUGUUGGAUCAGUAUUUUCUUGCCAACCUUGGGGAAUUAAUAUACAGUUUAUAAUGCAAUGCAUGCACUAUGUAGCACGUACUUCAUUUAAUACGAAUUAUAGAGGUUUUAGUGUUAUUAAUCAGCAACAGAGAAUAUAAACAUUGCAUUAACCCAUUAAGCGCGAGCGCUCUCCCCUUGUCAAGUAAAAUCGCCUGACGUUAGACGAAGUAAAAUAUUAAAGUAGGGUGCGCCAUGGUGCAAUGCGACAAAAUGGGUCAAAGCAAUUUUAUGAUUUUUUUUCAAAAUAAAAGACCUUUUAGGGAGACCUAUGAUUAUGUUACAUAUUACCCUUACCUAGAGCUAACUUUGAUAAGUACAUAACUUUUAUUAAACAUCAUAAACUUUCAUAAAAUGCCAGACAGUAAAGUUUCUUUUAUGCACUUUGAAUGCUUUGCCCUUUGUGGGUGACGAAAAUAUGCACUGGGAACCCGUUCCCCACAUGGACCAAACUUUACUGUUUGUAUAAAAUGUAUAGAUAACAUACAUUAAAUUAUUUGCUUAACAAUUGUAAAAACUAGUAAGUUCAUGUGUGGUGUGCUAUCAUGUGUGGUGUGCUAUGCAGUAAUCAACUAUAAACAUUUACUCUAAACAUGCAGAGGUAAAAGAUAGUGGCUGGAUGGUUGCAGCACUGCAUGUCGCUCCUCACCAAAUUGAGUAAACAAAUGGUGAGGCAGCAGUGGUAGUGUUAUUCAGAGCAUCGGGAGGAAAAUCUUCCCAUGAAAUUAGUUCCCUAAAUAAUAAUUCAAUUUUGGGAUGAUUUCUGCACGAGAAUUUCUACACCAGCUGUCUUGCAAAAACACAGCAACAAUAUGAACUGCAUAAAAUGGCAUUCCGCAUGUACACGGCUCAGGGAUAUAUUAGUUUUUGGAUGUUGGGUGGGAGGUUCCCCCUAAAUUUCAGGGGGGGGUUUAUUUAGGGGGGAAUUCCCCCUCGGUAAUUCCCCAUCUAAAGAUCAUUCUGUCCCUUUCAACUGUUGACUUUGGUGUAAAUGGGGGGAAAUGCUCCCACCCAAGAUUUAGCUCUUUUUAGAUUUGGAUGGGAAUUCAGAAUCUGU